UUGGAGCGUCGACAGUGCAGCAGUCCGGAAUUUUGGCGUAUAUUUCUCUGCUUCUCAAAAUCAUCAUUUGAUAAUUUUUUCCUUAGAAAGCUUUGUUCAGCGGUUGAAAAGUGCUCUGACCUGGGCGCCAGCUGCUUAGAUUGCGAAUUCCCGGCAAAUUGCAAAUACGGCGAGAGCUUACGAUUGGUUUGCCGUCCAAAGACAAACGGCGAUCGACAUAUAGAAAGGAAUGGCGAAUGCACGUUCUGCUAUUUGAAGGACGCGACGUUUCAUCGAUGUCGGCCGAUUUACAAUUGCUCACCAACGGCACCUUCCUUUCAAAGAAUGAUCAAAACGCUGUGCGUCGUAGAUGAGUCUUUCGUUUGUCUUGGACGAAGAACAUUCUACAAAGUAGUUCCUUGCAACUGGACUCGCGGCUAUAAAUGGUGGAAAGCCCUUGUACUUAGCAUAACGUUAGGAGGGUUCGGCGUUGAUCGCUUCUACCUUGGGCUUUGGCGCAGCGGCAUUGGCAAAUUAUUUAGCUUUGGAGGUAUUGGCGUUUGGACCGUUGUUGAUGUCAUUCUGAUAGCUACGGGAUACGUUGGACCUGCCGAUGGUUCGCUCUAUAUGUGA